GUGAUACUUUACAUAGUUAACAUUUUUCUCUACUGUUUUGAUUGUUAGUCGCAGUCGCAUUUUGAGGAGCACUUUUUGUUUGGGCUUUCAUUUUAUCCUAACUAAACGUAGCCGUAACUUAACAUUAAACAAAUAACAAUUAGUUUACUAGUAGUAUAAAGGAUUGAUAUGUCCAAAGUUCCAAGAAAUUUCAAACUCUUGGAGGAGUUGGAGAAAGGUGAGAAAGGUUUGGGAGCUGAAUCUAUUUCAUAUGGAUUAGCUAAUCAAGAAGAUAUAACCAUGACUUAUUGGAAUGGAACUAUAUUGGGUCCACCACAUUCCAAUCAUGAAAAUAGAAUUUAUUCAUUAACUAUUGUUUGUGAUGAAACUUAUCCUGAUAAACCACCUAAAGUUAGAUUUAUUACUAAGAUUAAUUUACCUUGUGUAGAUUCUCAAGGUAAUGUAAUAGUAUCUAAUUUUGAAACUUUAAAGAAUUGGAAGAGAUCAUAUACAAUGGAAACUGUUUUAUUGGAACUAAGGAAGACUAUGGCUUUGGCCGCAAAUAAGAAGUUACCACAACCAGUAGAGAACUCCACCUAUUAAGAGGAUAAAGAAUUUAUUAAAGCCAUAUAAGUAAUUAUUUCAUGAUAUUACUAUAUUCGGCUUACCAAUGAAGGUAGAGACAAAUAUUAAUUGGCUUCUUAUAUCUUGCAUGUCUACGAUUGAUCUCAUCUCUUUAAUUUAAUUUAAUUUAAUUUAUUAUAUAAUAAUAAUAUAUACAUUAUACAGUAA